AUGAAAAACCCAUACAUCAUCGUAGCUAUCGCAGCUUUUUUAAUUGCUUUUGUCUGUGCUGCUGAAGAUGAUAACUCAAAGCCAACUGGAAUUCACACAGCACCAGGUAUUGUUUGCCCAAUGACGGUUUGUCCAACAAAUACAUUGUCCAAGAGAGACAAACCUGCUUGUCCUGUUUCAUGCCCAGAUAAUUGCCGUAUAAUUGACGAUGACUGCUGUCCUGGUGUUCAAAAGGCCGUCUGUUAUCCUGCAUCUGCCUCACAAAGUCAUAGCGCUGUUCCUACUUCUGCAUCAUCUGCUAUCACAAGCGCUGUUCCUACUGCUUCCAGUGCUUCAGUUUCUUCUGCUGCUUCCACUGUAGUUCCUUCAGCUUCAGCUUCAUCUACUGCUCCUUCCGCUCCCGUAUCACCUGCAGCUUCUUCUCCUUCUCCAAGUGCUGCCAACUCUAUUCAAUUGACUAUAUCUACUUCUAUCAUCGCAGCCAUUAUUGUUGCAGGUCUUCAAUGUCUUUAG